UCCUCCGGUGGAGACUCUCCGGACACUCUGGAGAAACUUGGUGCCUCAGCAGCAGCAUCUGUGAGGGAGAAUAUUAGAACGGAGUAGAGACAGAUAUAAUCUGAAUACUACUUUUUACGGCAACAUCUAUUAUUAUUGUUGUUUUCCUCAGGAACAGCAGAAAAGAAAAAAUCGUAAUAUUUCAUUCGUGCGUAAAAGUCAGUUUUGAGUGAAAUAUUAAUUAACUGGAGCACAUAUUUUCAUUUCGCGCAUUGGAUCAAGUUUGUGCUCUUAUUCACUCGUCAAUACUGAUUCGGAACUUUAUAUUUCAUGGGAAAUACUAAUAAACGUUGAUGAUUUUAUUUCUGAUUCAGUGAAUUCCCUUUCUUGGAAAGAAGUCUCAUUUUUACGCGUAAAUCAAUUCUGAAUUGGACCAGUUUAAGGAACAGACCCGUCUUGGGGCUCUAACUGACACUUUGCUGUCUUCUGCAAGUGAAACUGGUUUGAUGGAAACAUGACCAAAGCUGUAACCGGACCGGUUCGCCUGCACAACCUCCUCUUCCACCUGCUCCCGCUGCUGCUUCAUGCCUCACCGGUAUGUCUGUUCACGCAGCCCGGGCAUCCAGCGCGCUUCUUCGGACAAAUAGCUGAGAACUCGCCAGCUGGUACGCCAGUGGACGGGGUGGUGAUUUUGGUCGGUGGCGCAGACUGCCCUGGUGCGGAGCAAAGUGCAAGUCUGAAGGGGGAUUACGCAUCGGAUUUUAGGCUCGUUUUUCACCGUGGACACCGGGACUACCGGCGGCACCUGCGCCUGGUCUCCACAAAAAUCCUGGACCGGGAGUUUAUAGCUAUGUACGAGUUGAUGGUGGAGCUGUCGCCACUUUGUCUGAGGAGACCAGUCGUGGUUCAAGUUGAGGUGUCUGACAGGAACGACAACAUCCCCCGAUUUACCAGCGGGAACAAGACAGUUGAGUUAGACGAGUUAACGCCGCUUGGGACCGAACUGGCGCGCUUUGAUGCAAAAGACGGCGAUGCUGAGAGGAAUGGACGAGUCACCUUUUACGCGUCACCGGAGUCUUACCUGUUCCACGUGAUUCCACAAACCGGGCAGGUGAGGCUAGUCGGAUCCCUUAUGGGGGUCAGCCAGGCGACUCUGCGCCUUUACGCGAAGGACGGUGGAGGUGUAGCGUUGAUAAGUGAGCCGGUGUUCCUUCACAUCCACGUCCGCCGGAGAGCUCGGCGGAGGCCCCGCGCUCUGUCCGAGGAGCUGACCUACACAGUGACCGUCCCGGACCAUGUCAGAGUCGGAGACUUGGUGUUCACGUUACCUGACCAGAGAUUCGAUCAACGGUGGUUCGAGGUCAUAUCCGAGGCCGACUCGCCGGUCCAGAUUGAGCGUGACUCGGGGCGUUUGUACUUGGCACGCAGCUUGAGAGAACCCGCCGAGGUGAUGGUGAAGAUCCAGAACCUCCGAGGUGAUGAGUGGUACCUGUGCAGACUGACUCUGAGCACGCCCAGUCAGGCUGACCUGCAGUGGGCCAUGUUUCCUUCACCCUACCUUGCUGCCAUAGGCCCCGACUCACCCCCCGGCUCCAUAGUUUACCGUCUGUCGGCACGUCAACGAGACGGGUCGCUGGGACAAGCCCAGUUCCUCCUGCUGGAUGGUGGUGAGGACUGCUUCGAGGUGGACCGUCGCAGUGGUGAGAUCAGGACCACAGGGCGCCCCCUAACCCCCAGUAAGGAGUAUCUGCUGGGGGUGCAGGCAGUGGACGGACGAGGUCGUAAAGGUCUACCGGCCACGGUGGCCGUCCUCGCUGGCUACCGGCCCCCGCAGUUCACCAACUCCACCUACAGCCUGAACGUCCCAGAGAACACACCCGUUGGCCAACCUGUCGCAGUGGUUCAGGCGGUCUCCUUCCAGAAGAAGAGUCUGUCCUACAUGCUGCUGGUGAAUCCUGGGAAUCUGUUCAGCAUCAACCAGGAGAGCGGUGCGCUCAGCCUCACCAGGGCUGUCGACUAUGAGAGCGGCCACAACCUCCACAGUCUGCAGGUCCGAGCUUCCGAACCUGACACAGGCCUCAGCGGUGUGGCAGAGGUGGUUCUCCACAUUACGGAUGAGAACGACUGUACGCCAGAGUUCCUGCACUCCAUCUACACCAGAGACAACAUACCUGAGAGCGUGGCACCUGGAACCUCGCUGCUGCAAGUUCUGGCCCGGGACUGUGACUCCGGCGUGAACUCCGAGCUCUCGUACUUCGUUCCCAGCAGUGACUUUGACAUCUCGUCGGGGGGCGUGGUCAGCCCCACCCGUCGCCUGGACUAUGAGCGGCCCAAUCACAUCUAUGAGUUUGUGGUGGUCGCCGUGGAUGCUGGGACGCCGGCCCGCACGGGGACAGCAUCUGUCCGCAUCCGAGUGGCCAACAGUAACGACGAGGCGCCCGUCUUUUCCCAGAGCGUGUAUAAGACCUUCCUCAGUGAAGAUGCCGGUCCUGACACACUGGUCGCCAUUGUCCACGCCAACGACCCGGAUGGAGAUGCCGUCUCUUACGCCAUCACAGGCGGCAACGAGGACAGCAACUUCCUGCUGGACAACCAGAAAGGCAUCAUCAAGCUGCGGCGAAGUCCACCUCCCCGACUGAGGGGGCCGCAGUACGUCCUCAACAUCACAGCUACUGAUGAUAAUGCAUCCGGUGGGCCGUACCCUCUCAGCAGCUCUGCACAGGUCAUUGUGGGAAUCAACGACAUCAACAACAACAAGCCAGUGUUCCAGGAGUGUCACAACUACAGUCUGAAUGCAGCGGUCCUGGAAAACCAGCCUCCAGGGACGUUCGUCUUGCGUGUCCAGGCCCACGACGCAGAUAUGGGGGUCAACGGAGAGGUUAAAUACGGCAUCAUGCACAGAGAUGGAGUGUCGUCUGGAUUUGACAUUGAUCCUGACAGUGGUGUGAUCACGACGGCGGUGAGUUUUGACCGGGAGCGUCAGAGGGAGUUCACGCUGUCUGUGACGGCCACUGAUCAGGCUGAAGAGCCGCUCAUUGGAAUCUGUCAGAUCACAGUACUGAUCUCAGAUCAGAACGACAACGACCCCAAGUUUGAAAACAGCCGCUACCAGUAUUUCCUGAGGGAAGAUACUCCAGUUGGAACUAGUUUCCUGCGAGCAGCCGCCCAUGAUGACGACCAAGGAAGCAACUCAGCCAUCACCUAUUCACUGUCAAGUCAGAAUCCUGCGUACCUGCACAUCAACCCAAGCACAGGCUGGAUUUAUGUUAACCACCCCAUCUCGCAGACGUCCAGGAUCAACCGUCAGAUCGUGGCGUCAGAUGGAGGGAACCGCAGCAGCUCUGUGGAACUGACCGUCAUCAUCACCAACGUCCACAACCAGCCGCCACACUGGGAGCAGCCUGAGUACUGGGUCACUGUGCCGGAAAACACCAUCCGUGAUGCCAAGAUAGUGACCGUCAAGGCCACGUCUCCGCUUGGUGACCCUCGCGUUACCUACAACCUGGAGGAGGGUCAGGUCCCGGAGACCAACAUGCCGGUGCGGUUCUACAUCAAACCGAACCGCGCCGACGGCUCGGCAUCCAUCCUAGUGGCAGAGAACCUCGACUACGAGACAACCCGCUUCUUCACGCUCAGAGUGCGCGUGCAGAACGUUGCUGCUGUGCCUCUCGCCUCCUUCACCACCGUCUAUGUGAAUGUGACAGACGUGAACGACAACGUUCCUUUCUUCCUGUCGGCCACCUACGAGGCCACGGUCCCUGAAGGAGCACAGAUGGGGACGUCGGUGGCUCAGGUGUUGGCCACGGACUUGGACUCUGGCCUGCACGGAAUGAUCCACUAUGUGAUCCUAAAAGACGAGAGCGGGGACUCUCAGUUCUUCAGCAUUGACCCACGCAGCGGUGUCAUCAUCACUCGAGCGUCUUUCGACCGGGAACAGAAAGCGUCCUACCUGAUUGAGGUGCAGUCGCAGGACGGCUCAGAGUCGGCUCGACCCGGUCAGCAGGGCCAGCCAAACACAGACACGGCCUACGUCAGGAUCUUCAUCACCGACGUCAAUGACAACGCCCCAGUGUUUGCCCAGCCGGUGUACGAGGUCAGCGUGGAGGAAGACAAGGAGGUCGGCUUCGUCCUCAUCACCGUCACCGCUAACGACGAGGAUGAAGGCGCCAAUGCCAAGCUGCGGUACCAGAUCACCUCGGGAAACACGAUGGGCACCUUUGAUGUGGAGCCAGAGGUUGGCACCAUCUUUGUGGCACAGCCCCUUGACUACGAGAUGGUGCAGCGCUACGAGCUCCGGCUGGUUGCCUCUGAUGGAAAGUGGGAGAAUGAGACGCUGGUGGUGGUUCAGGUGGUCAACCGCAACGAUGAGGCUCCCGUUUUCAGCCAGACUGAAUAUCACGCCGCAGUGACAGAGGAGCUCACCCAGCUUCCUGUCUUCAUUCUGGAGGUGUCAGCCACAGAUCCGGACCAGGAAGCCGACCAAACGGCUCUCCGCUACUCCCUUCAUGGUCAGGGCGCUGGUGGUGAGUUCACCAUUGACGAACGUACUGGGAGAAUUUAUGCUCAGCGCCGCCUGGACCGCGAAGAGCGCCCUGCCUGGAGAUUCCUCGUCCUGGCCACAGAUGAGGGAGGGGCGGGGCUCACUGGAUUUGCUGAUGUGCUGUUAGAAGUCAGAGACAUCAAUGACAAUGCCCCCUUCUUCCCGUGCCCAGCUCUGGAAGUAGAUGGAUGCUUUGUUGGCCAAGUGCCUGAAAAUUCACCCGCCGACACCUCUGUCAUGGAGAUGCGUGCCAUGGACCUGGAUGAUCCCAAUGAGGGCAGGAAUGCCAUGCUCACCUAUAGCAUCAUCAAGAAUAUUCGUAACGAGAUCAACCUCAACCUCUUUUCCAUCAACGCCACCACAGGGACCAUCUACACAGUGCUACGUUCUCUGGACCGGGAGACAGAAGACCGGUACCUGGUGGUGGUGGAGGCCAGGGAUGGGGGGGGUUUGGCAGGCACAGGGACAGCCACCAUAAUGGUUUCAGAUGUCAAUGACCACCCACCCAUCUUCACUCAGAGGGUCUACACCACUCAGGUGACUGAGGACCUUGAGGUGAAUAGCGAGGUUCUUGUAGUUUCUGCCACAGACGGAGAUGAGGGUGAGAAUGCCGUGGUGACUUUCAGCGUUGUUGGCGGUGAUGAGGACAGAAAGUUCUUUGUGGAGACAGACAAAGUGAAUCGACGCGGUGUGAUAAAACUCAAGAAGAAAGUGGACUUUGAGAAGCCCCACGAGAGGACUUUCAAUCUGACCAUCAAGGCUGAAGAUGCAGAUUUCUUCAGCCUUGCCUACUGUGUAGUUCAAGUAGAAGACUCAAACGAUCAUGCUCCUGUCUUCUUCCCACAGUUCUAUGAGUCACCAGCCAUGUCUGAAGAUGUACCUGUGGGGACUAUUGUUGCUCAGGUUACAGCCUCAGAUCUAGACUCAGGACAAAAUGGACGCUUUUCUUACAGUAUUUCCAAAGAGUCAGAUCCCUACAGUCAGUUCCUGGUAGAUCAGUCUGGUUGGGUGGUUGUGGCAGAUUCUCUGGACAGGGAGAAAAUCUCACAGCACAGGAUCAUGGUCCUCGCGACAGAUGCUGGAAGUCCCGCUCUGACUGGUACUGCCAUCGUUAUGGUUAGUGUGCUUGAUGUUAACGACAAUGGGCCAGAGUUUGAAGCCGCCUAUGAGCCUUUUGUAUGGGAGAACAUGGCAGCACCCCAGUUGGUGCAAAUGAACAAAACUUCCCUGCUGCUUCACACCACCGACCGAGACACCUCCACUAACGGUGGCCCCUUCUCGAUUCGACUCCUUAUGCUCACCUCAGAUGCCACCAACUUCAAUCUGACUGACUUUCGAAAUGGCAGUGCAGCCAUCACUGCCCUGCGCACCUUUGAUCGUGAGCGGCAGAAGGAGUACCGCCUCCCAGUGCUCAUGAUUGACAGUGGUUCUCCUCCAAUGAGCUCUACCAGCACGCUGACAGUUGUCAUCGGUGAUAGAAACGAUCACCCCCACUCACCAGGGCAUACCAACUUUAUUGUCUACAGUUAUGAGGGUAUUCUCCCGACGACAGUGCUCGGACGAGUUCAAUCCCCCGACCUUGAUGACUGGAGUGAGAAAGUAUACCGGUUCGAAGGCAAACCAACUAGGUGGUUCAGUCUCAGUCACAGCUCGGGCCAGCUCAGUAUCAGAGAGGGAACUCCUCCUGGCUCGUAUCGCCUGGAGGUGCGUGUGUCGGACCACACCUGGCCUGAUGUCACCUCCACCGCCCAGGUUGAUGUCACAGGGCUGCGGCAGGAAGCUUUGCAGAACGCCGCCUCCAUCCGCCUGACCAACCUGACAGUGGAUGAGUUUUUCAGCAGUGGCAGAGGAGCUGAGGAGAGUCGGUUCUACCGUCUGGGUCGAAUGUUGGCUGAAAUUCUGCAGACCUUGCCAGAAAAUGUACAGAUCUUCUCUGUGAGUGACGGCAGCCAACAGGAUGAGAAGGCAGUCAGCGUUUGGUUUGCUGCCCACGGCUCACCGUACUACAAGCCAGAGAAACUGCACGGUUACGUGGCUGCAAGCAAAGCCAAGUUGGAGUCUGUGCUAGGUGUGUCCAUCUCUCAGGUGGGCGUGGAUGACUGUCCGUUCACAGACUGCAGUCAGUCCGGAGGCUGCAGCACUGAGGUUUCAUUCAGCCAGACCCCGGUUGCUCUCAGCUCUGGUGACAUCUCUCUGGUGUCUCUGUCAGCCUCUUCAGCGGCACAAUGUGGUUGCAAGGGCCGAGAGAUGGUCCACCUGCCCUGCUCCGCUUACACCGCCAACCCUUGCCUAAAUGGGGGCACCUGUCAGGAUGGACCCCUUGGAUACCGAUGUAAGUGUCCUCCUAUGUUUGACGGUCCUGAGUGCCAGCAGACCAAGCACAGCUUCGGGGGUCAGGGCUAUGCCUGGUUCCCUCCCAUCACGCCUUGCUUUCAGAGUCACAUCUCCCUGGAGUUUCUGGCUGAGUCAUUCAAUGGACUGCUCCUCUACAACGGGCCGCUCGGUCUUCUUCAAUCUGGGGAGCAGGAGGACUUCAUCGCCAUAGAGUUGAGGAACGGGGUUCCAGCUCUGAGCAUAAACCAUGGAUCAGGAACACUGACCCUGCAGCUCCCAGCAAAGUCCUCCAUCACCGACCGACGCUGGCAUCGCCUUGACAUCAUCAGUGAUGGAAAGGCAGUCCAGCUGAUCCUGGACCGGUGUGGAGGUGUGGUGGUGAAUGAGUUGGAGGGUGGUGGUGACGAGGCUGGGGAGACAGACGAGUCCGGCUGCAGAGCUGCAGGAGAGACUCCUGGAGACCAGCGGUAUCUGAAUGUGUUCCAGCCUCUUCAGUUGGGAGGGGUGAAGGAAAUGUCUCCUCAUCGACGUUACCGCAGCUUCACCGGCUGCAUCCGCAACCUGGUGGUCAACAGUCAGGUGUACGAUCUGGCAUCUCCAGGUGAAAGUGUGGACAGUUUGCCAGGGUGCAGGCUUACAGACGGAGUGUGUCUAACAGCGUCCGGUCCCUCUUGUGGUGUUCACGCCUCUUGCUUUGCUGAGUGGGGCUCCUUCAGCUGCGAGUGCCACGCCGGGUACACUGGACACAAGUGUGACAAGGCCGUCUCAGAGUUCUCCUUCGACUCGAACAGCAUGGUGCGUUUUCAGCUCAGGGGAGGGGGCAGCUCUCGACGCACCAACAUCCAGCUGCUCCUCCGAACCAGAGCCACCUCUGGCACGCUGCUGUCAGUAACAUCCCGGGAGGCUAAUGAGUACAUCAUCCUAGAGAUCAUGGAGGGUCAUGUCUCGGUGCGAACCAACCUCGGUGACGGGCCACAUGCGCUGCGACUUCACGGUCAGAGGGUUGACGUCGGGCAGUGGGUCCUUGUCAGCCUUAGUCGCCAUGACAACAUGUUCACCCUGCGGCUAGAGCAGGGCGGGGGCUCACGGGAGGUCCGAGCCCGCUUGGGGAGCCGCAGGGAGAUCGUGGUUCAUCCGGCCAGCCUGAUGGUUGGUAACGGCCCCAGUCCAGGAGACAAAGCAGAUUUUCAGGGCUGUCUGCGGGACGUUCGUUUCAACGGUCAGGUCCUUCCUCUGGAUGGGCAGAGCCGGGACUUGGUGACAGUUUUGGAGAGGCGGGGCGUCACCUCAGGGUGCUUCAGCGAUGCCUGCAGCAGCCAACCCUGCCGCAGCCCACUGCGCUGCAUCGACCUGUGGAGGAAACACCAGUGCAAGUGUCCGGGCACUCAGGUGAUGGUGACAGAAGACCAGGGUCACCAGCGCUGUGUGCCGUCGCCCUGUGGACCUUCCUCCUGCCGUAACGGCGGUAUCUGCCAGGCGCUGUCAGCAGACAGCUACCGCUGCAGGUGUAAGGAGGGUUUCAGGGGGCAGCGCUGCGAGCUGGGCCAGGUCAAAGGUCAGCGACUUGCCGCCCUCAGCCCCAGCUCCAUCCUGGCCAUCAGCAUGUGUCUGCUUGUCUUCUUUGCGGUGCUGGUGGCAGUGACAGUGUGGAACCAGAAAGGCAGUCGAAACAAGUUCAGGAAGCGAGGAGUUUACCACAUCCCUGCUGAGCACGAGAGCUGGGAGGACAUCCGAGAAAACAUCCUCAACUAUAAUGAAGAGGGAGGGGGCGAGCAGGACCAGAACGGCUAUGAUAUCACAGAGCUGAAGCGUCCUCUGUGCUCCAGUUUGUCUCAGUCGUCCUCCUGCACCACGGCCCCGCUCAUCAAGUCCUCACCAGGCUCUCAGGAGGAGGUUCAUCCGUCCAGUUCCUCGUGCAGCUCAGGAGCCCCCUACCUCAGCAUCCCACAUCACCACCACCACCACCACCAGCAGCAGCAGCAGCAGCAGCAGCAGCAGAACACCACCAACAGUGAUGCAACCUACGCCAACUGCAGCGCUCACGCAGGCAGAGACGUGGAGACCAGUGAGAUAGGCAGCUAUGCUGACGCCCCAUCUGGCUCGCGCUCCAACGUGGACUUUAAAAGCUACGUGGCGCGGAUCAUUUGGGAGGCAGACAACGACAGCGAGGCUUUCCCACCGGACGCCUACCACGUCUGGUGCGUGGAGGGCUCUGGGUCGGCAGCGGGAAGCCUCAGCUCGCUGGGGUCGGCCGUGUCCUGUAGGAACGUGGAGAAGGAAGAUGAUGAAGGAGGGUUUGUUCAUGACAGGCUGUCGCGGUGGGGCCCAAAGUUUCAGGCGCUGAGCGAGAUGUACGACCGGCCCCAGCUGGGUCUCACAUACAGGGACGCCAUGGCCUACAUACAGAGGAGCCACAGCCAUGACCCCCUGCCCCAUCACCACUAGGGGGUGCUACACAACCUCCAACAAACAGGUUUUUAUGUGGGUGGAGAGGGACUGAGUGCUGCGUUCAUGUCACAUCUAAAAAGUAACGAUGUGUUCGCCUCAUCCGUUGGCAUUUGCAUUAGUGCAGCCUUCCAGUUUGUGGAUUCUUAAUCUUUGUACAGAUUGGUCCAAAUGUUUCCUGAUUUCUCUUGGCUGAUUAAAUGCCAGAAUAAGGUUCACAUCAGAUUUCCCACUCAGCAAAAAGUAGUUGAAAAGACAUUGAGAAGACAUCAAAGUGCGUCUAAAUAACGUCUAAAUUUGGUUGAAAGGUAAAAAGCCGUCAUUUUCAUGUCGCUGAAAAGACGUCUUCAAAAACACUUGACCCAAUUUUCAACGACUGUUUUUGGACUAAAUUUGGAAAAAAUUGGACGGGCUAAACACAACCCAAUUUUCAAUGACUAUUUCAAGACUAAAUCAAGACUAUGGCGGACCGACCAGAUGUAGCCCAAAAACCAUCGUUGAAAUGACGCCUGGUGUUUGGUGGGUUUACUGAAGCAAAACUCUUGACAUGCAUUCAUUAAAAAUAACGGGCACAGUAAAGCAAUGAAGAGCAGAUACACAACAAACACAGCGGGAGAGGCACCUGGAUGAAAACCACCACCCAGAGUGGAAGAGAAAGGGUUACAUUUCAAAUUCUGUUGUUUGACUCAAUCAAUCAAAGUCUGGAAAAUGAGUCAAACUGAAACAGCAGACACACAGAUCCUGAUUGGUUGCUUCAACUCUCAACUGAAGAUCUUUAGCUGUGUUUGGCUGCUGGCUCUGAUAAGAAGCAAGACAAAGCAGACCAUUUGUAAACAUGUCACCUGUAAGUUAGGAGCCAACAGGAAAUCACAGCAGAAAUGUGAGUAAAACCAAACUGCUGGAAGUCUCACAUGUCAUAGAUCACAACUACUGCACAGGUUUCCCACUAAAUAUCGUUUUGAUUGUUUGAGUCUGUCUUGGUUUGAGUCUGAACCAGUUUGCUUCUACUUGUUUGUUCCAAGUAUCCCUGUGUCACUAUGGCACUGUGCAUUAUUUUUGUCUUCAGAACACAAUGUGAUCUGAACGCAGCCACUCAGUUCCGUUACGUAGUAAAACAAAGACACUUUGGGGGCUGGAGGUUCAUUCUGUGGUUCUCGUGGUUUUUGGCGAAGAAAACAAGGUGCAGGAUGGAGACGUUAGAGUUCUGAAAAAAAAAAAGUAAAAAAAAAAAAAAAAAGCACAGAGUAAACUUGUUAGUGGUUCUUUUACCAGCUUUAAAUACACUAAGAACCCAACUUUAUUUAUUUUGCUUUUAUUUCCUCCGUGAAAAGCAGUUCUGUGUAUUUAUUACAUUUUCUUUUGUGCAGUUUUUGGCUGGUGAUUGUCGUGGAAAACAUUCACGGCCCGGAGUUUAUUUUCUUGAAGAAUUAAAUGUGCUCAGAAAGGGUUCAGGGUGAGCGGAGCUGAGUGUCAAAGAAUUAUUCUGGUUCCUUUAAAAACACAGACAUCUUUAAGGCCUUGAUGUUGAAAAUAUUACAAAGAGAACCCAAAGUUCUUCUUUAAGGGCAUUUUAAUGCAGCUCUUCCCUCUUUGUAUCUGCAGUUUAGUUCUGACCCUGCGACACAGCCCAAUACCUGCAAACAGAAAAUCCUUUUUCAUAAAGAAAGUCUCCCAAGGACAAACUUUUUUUGUGCCGUCACGUUUUCUUAAGAAAUAUCUUUUCGCCUCCCUGCUUCCUGCAUUUCCACAGAUAUUAAUCAGACCUCGGAAGAACUCAAUAACCAGCUAGUAAGUUUUCUUUUCUACCCUCUUGUUGCACUAGUAGUGAUUCAGAGUCCUCCGACAGGACUGAGGAACCUUGCUUGCCAGUAAAAGGAAAGGAAAAAUAAGGUGAGAAAUGCAAGCCUUGUCAAUUCAUCAGGUGAAACACUUGUUACCCCACCGUGUUUCCACCAUGUAAAAAUCAGCCUUGUUGGUAUGUUUUCAGAUGACAGAUUAUUUUUGUACUCCCGUUUAGAAAAUCCCCAGCAGCUCCUUUCCACGUGGAGUUGGUUGUGUACCCCGUUAAUGUGCUGGAUGGCGUCUCUUUGACUGUUUUAUGUUAAACGGCUAGCCAGAGGAGGCGGUUUGUUUAAGUUAGAUCUGUUUGCAAAGGCUGAACCGCCCUCAUAUGCAGACGCUGGCUACCUUUACACAAGUGUUCCACUAAUAACCUGAGUGAGAAUGCCUCAGUUGGCCGCCUCAGUCAGGACACACUGACCUGAUUAGAUUAAGUGGCGUGGUAUUUUGCUAAUCAGUUUCAAAAGAAAAUAUUUGAUUGUUUCUCUCUGACUGGAAUAACUUCAUUUUCCUAGUCCAUGUUUGCACCGCGUGAGGUAGCAAAUCAACCAGCAAGUAGCUAGUGUUUGACAAGAGGAGGAAAGCUGGAAUCCACGUGGACAGCAACAGUCAAGGCAGACAUUAAAGCCGCGCUGGCUCCUCAUAGCAGACGGACUCCACAAAAGUGACCACCCGAGGGACAGAAUCUAAAUCACAUUUAGACACCGGUGUCAGUUGAAGGCAGUAAAAGGUGAGAUCUGAUCAUCCGGCCAUCUUUCAAACGCUGUGGAUAAGUGAAGGUCAGAUGUGCCCUGAACUUAAUUAAUCCCUUUCUGCAGACACUUACGGGCCCAUUUCAGGCUGAUAUGAAAUCUAUUUAAGUUAAUAACUUCUCCUGUGGGGAUCACAGAGGCGGCGUUAAUGGCUUAAAUUGAAGAAGACACUUUUACCACACAAUGUCCACGCAUAGAUGACUUCAUUUAUUUCGGGUGACUUUAUUGACUGAAAUCCAGUUCUCCAGUCAUCUAGAGAAGCUUAUCUGUCAAAAGAAAAAAAAAAGAAAGAAAAAGGAAUUAGCCAUAGCACUUAUAAAUGUCUCACUUUUACAUUUGUGGCUUAUAAGAUGUCCCUCAGUUGCCAGUUCAUUAGGUACACCAGUGGAGGAUGUAUUUUGUGGUGUUGUUAUUUAGCCUGACCCACUGAUUACAAUACAGUUCAGUGACACUAUAAACCACUGUUGAAUCAUUUUAAGCAAAUGAUGAAUACCUUCAUGAAGCUAAGACAGGACUAUUAUAUUAGAACCAAUUUCUUUUCACUAGUGUACCUAAUGAGUGGCAAGUGAGUGUUGAUCUGGCUUCUGUAAAUUCAACUUUUAGUUAAGACCUCACGUCAUUGGUUUGGCCAUCAUUAAAGCAGUGAUGGGGCAUUUCCUAGAGGGAGAAAGGUGGAACAGAAAGAGGAGGCUGAAACCUUCACGCAGUCACAUUUGACUUCAUUUUCCUUCUAAUUCAGAUGAGAGCCAGCAGUUGGUUGAGUGGUGGCCGCAGACUUUAGCCAGCGUCGUGCCCGGUGUAGUUUUCCAGCCUACCUCUCGGCUACGUCCGUCAUCAUUGCACCGUCUUAUGAAUGUAGCUUUUUAUGGAGAGAGUGACUCCGAGCAAGCAAAGAGUACAAUCAUAGAAGAAGAGCUUGGAGUUGGAGCUCUCCUUUGAUACGCGCGUAACUCAAUCUUCAGCCAGCAAAAUGGCAACACAGAUCCAGACAGUUUUAAGUUUGUUUUCCACUUCACGAUUCUCUCCCACAGUCAACAAUUAAAAUCCUGAAAUUAUUUCAAAAUGGAAAAAAAUGGAAACUGAUUACAAGGUGUUUUCCAUUCAGAUAGUGAUACCGUUUUGUAUUUCUCUUGAGCCCUGAGAGAAUUGUACUCCAAGCUAUGCAUCCAAAUGGAAAAACACAGGUGUUUUUUAUAAACUGAUGUGAAGCUCCAGCUGUUGUCUUGAGUUUUGACCUGUACUGUGUGCAACACCCAUGGAUGUCUGUUGAAAAGUCCAGUGUGUUUAAAGCAGUGUGGAAGUGUUGAUGAAUUCACACACGUUUGUGAGACAGAGGGUUCAAGGUGUCAUUCAGCUCUGAGCAGGGCUGAUUUGUAGAAUACGAUGUAAAUAAUAUGGAGGUUUUAUAGCAACCUGACAUGGAGUAUUCCUUUUGUAUAUGACUUUUAAUAAAAAAGACUUUUUCCCCAGAA